UCUAUUUUUAUCUAAAAUCUUUCCACAAACAUUUUGAAACAGUAUAGUAAAAUCCAUAUAAUUAAUAAAUUGAUUUAUAAAAUACAUUGUGAUCGAUUGAGGCUUUUGUAGAAGAGCCCGCCAUCACCCUCUCGCUCUAUAUUUGAUCGUCUCUAUAGAUUCCCUCUCUUUGGCUCUGAGCUGUAAACAAACUCAGCAAAUUACAAACCCAGGCAUUGUAAGUAGGCUGGUAAGCGACGGAGCAUCUCAGAACCCUGUGGCUUAGCUAUUCGUGAAUUAACCAGCCAAAGUAUUUAGCCCUCUUUUUGGAACUUGCAAAAUGUCAAAUGGCGAAGUUAGACAAGUCUCUGUCGAGGACAUACAAAUGGUUCAAACCCUUAUCGAAAGAUGCCUUCAGCUUUACAUGAGUGAGAAGGAGGUUGUGAAUACGUUGUCACACCAGGCAAAGAUUGAACCUGGCUUCACUGAAAUUGUGUGGCGAAAGCUCGAAUCAGAAAACCAGCGAUUUUUUCGGGCGUAUCAUCUGAGGCUGAUUUUGAAGGACCAGAUAUUAAGAUUUAAUCAGUUGCUCCAGAGACAGGUUGAGCUAAUGCAUCAAGUCUGUCGGACGAGAGUCACUUCCAUGUCGUUGUCGAAUGUUCCUCAGAUGCAUUCAAUGCACAACAACUCAGGUUAUCAGGUUCAACAGCCAGCGGGGCCACCUAUAAAUCCGGAAAACAUGCACCAAGCUGUUAUAUUGCCCAAUGUCUACACUAAUGGUGCGUCCGCCCUGCAACCUAACAUGCAAGUUCCAGUCAACUUAUCUGGUCAUGGUGGUCGGAUCGACGUGCCAGAAAACAUGCUUUUAACUCAAAAUUCCAGCUCUGGAAUUGUGCAAGGGAUGAACGGUGUAAUGACUAAAUCAGAGGGUGGCUUUGCGGGCGACUCCCACUUCAUGUUUGGCGCAGAGAACAAUCUCAUAGAACAUCGCAACACAACUGGAGAAGCGUUUGUUUCACCUUUCACAAGUGGUGAUCCGAACAACUCCAUGUUGGACCAGGAGACGAGCUCAUUCGGAUUCUUGGGACAGAUACCGCGCAACUUCAGUCUCUCAGAUUUGACAGCCGACUUUUCCAAUAGCUCAGAUAUACUCGUGAGCUACUGUAGAUCGCCAUUUCUGGGCGCAAAUGCGAACAUCUUGAACCCCAACAUCAGAAGCGAACAACAAGGUGUUAGGAGAUUGGACACCAUAUCAGAGGGGUCGGGUUACGAUGAUUUCGCCAGUAACUGAAUCUUUCGAAUGAUCUUGCGUUGGCGCCAGCGACUGAAACUUUAGAAUGAUCUAGCAAAUUGAUUCAAAGUCAUUCUUAUCUAGCCUCAUCUGUGCAAAACCGCAUUAAUUUCUUUUUCCUUAUUUAGCUACUACAAGUUUUUGUAAAUACAUUCAAGAAUUAAGAGUGAUUGCAGUAUAUUCAAGGUA